AUGCCUUCUUCUGCUGAACCCUCUCCUACAAAUACUCCUCCUCCUUCUUCUCCAAUGGCUUCCUCCUUGUCUGCGACACCUCUUGCUUCUUCUAUGAGUACUGGUUUAAUCGGAUAUGUUGAUCAAACAAAUCCGUGUCCUUCUCAGUUCACCUCUGAUGGCGUCACCCCCAAUCCUGCUUAUGCAGACUGGCAUAAACUUGAUCAACAACUGCUCAGUUGGAUUAAUUCUACCCUCACUCCUGGUGUGCUCUCUCGGGUUUCUCGUUGUCCUACAGCUCGUGAUGCCUGGAUCUCUUUGGAGAAACGUUUCAAUUCUCAGUCCCGUUCUCGUAUUCUUCAGUUGAAGCACCAGCUGCAAACCACCAAAUGCGGUACCUCCUCCAUCACUGAUUUUGUCGAUCAAAUGACUGCUGUUGCUGAUAGUUUGGCUCUUGCUGGAAAACCCGUGGAUGAUGAUGAUCUUAUUGACCUUAUUCUCAAUGGUCUCGGACCGGCGUAUGAGAGCGCCGUCAACUCUAUUCAGUCUCGUGACCCUCCUAUGGCUCUUGAUGAUGUUAUUACCUUUUUAUUAACUGCUGAGACUCGUAUGGCUGAAUAUACCCCUUCCAUGACGUUUGAUUCUACCACUCAAGUGUUUUAUGCUAAUCGUGGCCAUGACUUUUCCAAUCGUGGGUCCUCCUUUUCCCGUGGUGGUCAUCGUGGCGGCUUCUCUAGCUCCCGUGGUGGUUUUUCUGGCCCCGAUUCUUCUCCUGGUCGAGGCAUCCUUCCUCUCCCCUCUCAGGCUCCCCUUUCCAUGCCCGUUGCUCCUAGCCGUGGUGGUUUCUCCUCUCCGUCUUAUGGUUCAUCUCCUGGUUUUAACGGUCAUUGUUAUAACUGUGGCGAAUAUGGUCAUAUGGCUCGUCGCUGCCCUCGCCCUCCUAUUGCUCCUCAAGCCAUGGUUGCCUCUCAUACUCCUACUCCGUCAUCCACCUGGUUUACUGAUAGUGGUGCCUCCGCUCACAUAACAAAUGACCUUGCUCAUCUCCAGCUCUCUCAGACUUACGGUGGUUCGGAUCAAGUUUCUGUGGGUAACGGUCAAGGUUUGCAUAUAUCUAAUAUUGGUUUUGGUUCCAUCUCUCAAUUCCAUUUAAAUAAAGUUCUUCAUUGUCCUUCCGCAUCUCAUAAUUUACUUAGUGUUCAUCAAUUUGCUCUUGAUAAUUCUGUCUAUUUUAUUUUCACCCCCUCUGAUUUCUAUGUGAAGGAUCUCGUCUCGGGGAAGACGCUUUUCCACGGCAAGAGUGAAAAUGGUCUCUACCCGUUCCGGUCUCCUUCGUCCUCCUCCUCAUUUCCUACCACCGCUGUGGCCCUCCUUGGUAUCCGUACUUCUUCUCCCGUAUGGCAUCAACGCUUAGGUCAUCCAUCUCCUGCUGUCUUUCAGAAGCUUUCAGCUCACCUUCCCCUUCGUGGUUCUCCUCGGAGUUCUUUUUGUUCUCAUUGUCCUAUAGGCAAAAGUAGUCGUUUACCAUUUCAGUUAUCUUCUUCUGUUUCUACUGUUCCGUUACAACUCAUUCAUUGUGAUAUUUGGACAUCUCCCGUUUUAUCUAAUAAAGGUUCUAAGAUAUUGGUGGAAAAUUUGUUGUCUGUUGACCGUGUGUGCACAAUCAAAUCUCUUCAAACAGAUGGGGGGGCUGAAUUCCUUAGUCACCAAUUCCAGCAUUACUUAAGUACUCAUGGGAUUUUUCACCGUGUUUCCAAUCCUCACACACCCGAACAAAACGGAGCCGCCGAACGCAAACAGCGACACCUCAUAGACAUGGCUCUUACUCUCCUUGCCACCGCCCAUAUGCCCCCUUCCUUUUGGGUUGAAGCUUGUUAUUCUCUCAAUUACCAAGGUUAUCGGUGUUAUGAUCCUUCAACUAGUCGUGUUUAUCUCUCUCGUCAUGUUGUUUUUUAUGAAUCUACCUUUCCGUUUCAGGCUCUCUCUCACACUUCCUCUGUUCCUCCAUCCCCGGUGCCUCCCUCUCCACCUUUAGUCGUGUCUUCCUCUCCCGUUGUUUCUCCACCACCGCCAUCUCCUUCCCCACAGCCUCCUCAUUCUCCUCCUCCUUUGCCCACGGUCACUCAUGUUGAUGUCCCCGCUUCUCCAGUUGAGUCAUCCCCGCCCCCCUUCCUUCCCACUACCCACACCAUGGUCACUCGUUUGAGAGAUGGGAUUAGAAAACCGAAUCCCAAAUAUGCAAAUCUUGUUUUUUCGCAGGUAUCUGAGAUCGAACCUACCUUGUUCGAGAAGCAAACAAAUCGGAUCAAUGGCGCCAGGCUAUGCUCACAAAGGUCCAAGCCCUUCAUCACAAUCAUACUUGGGAUCUUGUUCCUCCCUCCCCUCACCGCCAUGCCUUGCCUUGCAAAUGGGUGUUCCGUAUCAAACGCCGCUCCGAUGGUUCCAUUGAACGGUAUAAGGCCCGUCUGUGGCCAAUGGCAUGUUACUGUUCGCAUUAUUCUUUCUCUUGCUUUUUCUCGGCAAUGGCCCAUCCGUCUGCUUGAUGUCACUAAUGCUUUUCUUCAUGGUUACUUGUCUGAAGAGGUUUACAUGCGUCAACCCCGCGGUUUUGAAGACCCUAAAUUUCCUCAUCAUGUAUGUCGCCUUCGGAAAUCUCUCUAUGGUCUCAAGCAAUCUCCCCGUGCUCGGUUCUCCCGUUUCUCUGAGUUUCUUAUUCACUCAGGUUUCACGGCUUCCAAGGCGGAUCCUUCCUUAUUCAUUUUUCAUAAAGAUGACAAUUUUCUCUUCCUUUUGAUUUACGUGGACGAUAUUAUUGUUACUGGUAAUGCUUUGUCACAGGUUAACGCCCUUCUUCAGUCUCUUAAUCGUCAGUUUGCUAUGAAAGAUUUGGGGGAUCUUCAUUUUUUUUGGGCAUUGAGGUCCAGCGUACUCCGGAUAUGUUGUGUUUGA